CACUCUAGAGCCAGGUAAUACAAAGGUUCGUUGAAAUACACUUGUUUCGACUCUUUCUUAGAAAUUAUGUUGAUAAACGUGUUAUAUAGAGAAACACAGUGGAACAUUUAGGGUAGUGUUAAACUCAUUGUAACGAUUGCAAGUGUCACCACUUCAUCACUGUAAGGAACUGGAGCAUCGUGGUGGUCAACAAUAUGACGAGCAACAACUUUAUAGUUUGCUUUGCAGUCGCCGUUGCAGUCAUCAGUCAACAGAUUUAUGCUGCAUCAGCUCAAGGCGUUCCGAAUAAACCCAGGGCUAUUGGUGCUAAAGCUAUAAUGUUAUCAACUACGAUUACACUGAGCGUAUUUGACGAAGAAAAAGAGGCGACACAUUACAGAGCAGUGCACAUAAUAGAUCAGAACACUGUGAACGAUGAAACCAUGUUCCCUCGUACAGAAGGAUACACAUACAAAAGUAUCAAAGAUUUGAUCCCAUCCAGGUUUUAUACAUUCUGUGUGUAUUCCGUAAAAAGGACUGGUGAGCUAUAUCUGAACAGUACCACUUGUACAAAUUCAACACCAGUGAUAGAAACUGGCCCUGGUCCAAUUACAAACUUCAGUAUCAGCGAUGUUACCGAAACAUCUAUGGUAGUUGAAUGGGAAGAACUCAAAAGACUAGCAACGAAACUGUCAGUGUCUUACCAGAAGUAUGAAGCAAAUCCCACUCUCAUUGCUAUAGAUGUUAAUAAUAGGAACGAAAGUCAUAUCAACUUAACAGGACUGCACGCGGGUGCUAGGUAUAAUGUUAGGAUUGAAGUUACGUAUGUAAACUACAGCGUUGUUGAAUCGUCACCCAUAAAGGAUGCAAUAACAAGACCAUAUCCCCCAAGGGACGUGAAGGG